AGUUCUCCGUUUCCCUUCUUCUUUCCCAAAUCAUUCUUUCCAUCAACUGACUCAAAGAAUUUAUUCUUAAAUUCCCAAAAUACCCCCCAAUACAUUCAGCCAAUUACCACCCAAUCCACCCAUCUGACCAGUUUCAAUCUCCCCAACAGUCAUGGAUUCCUCAGAUGAAGAUGAGAGAAUCCCCUUCAGCCAGAGGACAGAAUGGUCUGAUGUAACACCAGUCCCACAAGACGAUGGGCCAAACUCCGUUGUCGCCAUUGCCUACAAAGACGAUUUCCGCGAGACCAUGGAUUACUUCCGGGCCGUCUAUCUCUCGGAUGAACGGAGCCCUCGCACGCUUCGUCUGACAUCAGAAGCCAUUGAAAUGAAUCCCGGGAAUUACACUGUGUGGCAUUUCAGACGCCUUGUUCUUGAAGCACUUAAUUCUGACUUGCAUGAAGAAGUGGAUUUUGUUGCACACAUUGCUGAAAAUAACACAAAAAACUAUCAGAUCUGGCAUCACAGGAGGUGGGUCGCAGAGAAAUUGGGAACAGAAGCUAUGAGUAAAGAACUUGAGUUCACCACGAAGAUACUUGUUGGUGAUGCUAAGAAUUAUCAUGCCUGGUCGCACCGGCAGUGGGUUCUUCAGGCAUUAGGUGGGUGGGAGGAUGAGCUCAACUACUGUCAGUUGCUGCUUGAACAAGAUGUUUUUAACAAUUCUGCUUGGAAUCAGAGGUAUUUCGUCAUAACGAGGUCUCCCCUUUUGGGAGGCCUGCAAGCUAUGAGAGACUCGGAAGUCGGAUACACAGCCGAUGCCAUUAUAGCUAACCCCAAGAACGAGAGCCCUUGGAGAUACCUGCGAGGGCUAUACAAAGGCGACAACAAGCUGUUGAUAAACGACUCUCGAGUCUCUUCUUUGUGUCUGGAGGUGCUGAAGACGAAUCCCAACUGUGUUUUUGCUUUGAGCCUGCUGUUGGAUCUUCUCUGUUAUGGUUUCGAACCCAGCACUGACUUCAGGAGCAUCAUCGAAUCCUCAAGAAAUUUGGACUCGGAUGUCCAGUUAGCAACUGCUGUGUGCUGUGUCUUGGAGAAUGUGGAUUCAAUGCGAUCGAACUAUUGGGCCUGGCGUAAGAGCAACCUUCCGUCAAAAGCGUGCUAAUAACGUCUUUGGAGACUGCGACAGAUGGUGUAGUAGAUUUUGGGACCGUCUUUAAUCUAUUUUCAGGUUUUGUAAGCUGCAGUUGGGAGCCUUAAAUAUUUCUCCCUGUACCAUAACCAGAUUAUAUUGUGGGUGAAAGAGUUUUCCAUGUUGUUUU